CUCUUUUUCGUGCUCGAAGCGAAGAAUCGGAUGGCAGAUUCGCGAACCCCAUCGUCGUCUUCCGCUUCACGCCUCCCUCCGUUGUGAUCCUCCGGUUGCUUCCUCCUCCGCCGCCGCCGUCGCCGUCGCGUGAGAUCUGAGCUCGUUCGUAUUCAGUUCAGUUCUCUGCAAUUUGGGUCGCUGUUGGUGUUGAUUCUCGCGGGAAGAUGAACUUGUCGUCGGCUCGGUUUCUGGGGUCGGUUGCCGAGGAUUCGUCGUUCUUGAAGCUCGAGUCGUGAGAUCGUGAGACGAUUGAUGUUGUGAUGGCGAAAAAUGGGUUUCUCGCUGCGGUCUUGGUGUGUUUGGUCGUGGGGGAUGCUUUCGGCUUCGGUGCUUCUCUUUCCCUGCGUUUCAGAAAGGAAGUUGGUUCGGAGAACUCUGUCAACUCCUCUCCGCCACCACAGGCGUCUCCGCUGCCAGGUCCUGUUUCAGGUUCCAAGAAGUCGGAUAGCGGAACAGACGAUACCGGUAAAUCUAGUGAGGUGAGCACAACUUCGUCCAAUUCGACCCCAAAAGGCCAGAAUGGCAGUGGGUCCGUGAGUGCACCUUCGGUUGAACAAAAGGAGAAGAAAAAGAAUGAUGAGAAGAAGGAAGACAAGGAGCAGAAAAAGAAUGAUGAUAAGAAGGAAGACAAGGAGCUGCACGAGCCAGCAGAAAUCAGCGAGACUUGUGAUGGGAAAGUCAAAGACAAAGUGUGUCAUACUGGAACUCUGACUGCCUGCAUUCUGAGCUUUGAAGUUGCAGCAGGGUUGAGCAAAUUGGUGAUUUUAGUCCAAAAUAAGGGGGAUAGCGCUUUGAUAGUAAGCCUGCCAAAGCCUGCCGCAGGUGCUCCAAUGAAACUUGAAGUACCGAAACACUAUAACAGAAAGAUUAAUAUUUCUCUUUCUACGGGGGAAGGCAGUGAAGUUGUAUUAAAUGCUGGGAAAGGAAAUUGCGUGCUUGACAUGGGGCCUCUUGUAUCUGACACGAGUGUUUUCCUCUACCUUCCUUCGUUUGACAAGCUAAUUACCCCGAUCAAUGGUGCGUAUUUCUUGAUUCUAACAGUGGUGGUCCUUGGCGGGGUGUUAGCUUGCUGUGCGUUUAGGAAGCGGCGAAGAAAGAGCGAGUUCAGGUAUCAAGAGCUCGAAAUGGGGUCAGGAGAAGGGACCAAUAUAGAAACUGCAGAAGGUUGGGAUCAAGGAUGGGACGAUAAUUGGGAUGAGGAGAAUGCUGUGAAAUCUCCAGGUCAGCAUCAUGUAGGAAAUAUAUCUGCAAAUGGCCUCACUUCUAGGCCUGCAAAUAGGGAUGGUUGGGAACGUGACUGGGACGACUAGGAAUCGACAACGAAAAGGGUUUUUGAAGAGUUGUAUCUCUACAUGGGAGGAGAAAAAGGGAACCAGGGGACAUGACAAUAACAAAAACAGGUACUUGAUUCAAUUUCAUACCACCUGUACCCAUACCUUAUGAAAGGGAGCUUCAGUUUGGUUGCGCCAGUUAAAGGUACACAAUUAGGUUCGUCGAAAUUUUGAAGUUGAGGAGGUGGAUUGUGUUGCCUUCUAAUACUGUUCCACUCAGAUCGCCUGUACAGUUUACCUUUACAUCCAAGAGUGUUUUGAUACAUUGAGCAAUUCCCUUCUAAUUUCCACUGAUGUCAAUUUGGUUACUUUUAUUAGAACGUGAUUUUGAGUUUGGCACAGAAAAAGUCUCUGGUAGCAACUUUUCUUUUUCACAUGAAAUGUGAAUGAUUCGCAUUUUUCCUCUUUCA